AUGGCGACGCACAUCUGGGGCACAGCCCCGGCUACCGGUUCGGGAGGCGACACAGUGGUUCUCGCAACGCAGGCAGCGGCGGAAGUUAUCAGAGAGGGCAUAGCAGAUGCUGCUGUGCAAGCCGACUCUAGCCACCAUAUAUCCGACAUUGUACAGGCUAUUGUAAGAUUUAGUGGGUUUUUCUCGUAUCUGACCGGCCGGUGGUCACUCGCCUGUUUCACUGUAUCCCUUAUUUUGAAUAGAAUCACAAUAUAUGCAUCCACUCGUCGGCGUCUCCAACUAGACUGGAGCAGAAGGUUCGCUCUACGCAUAAUACCUAUUGUUCUUUUCAUCGCCCAAAUACACGCCCUGCUUCGUGCUCUUCGGUGCCAAACAUCUCCGGACUACUCAGCCAUUCGAUAUGGAAAACGAAAUACUCCGCAGGUGCUUGAUUAUGCCGGGAAUGGGGGCUUUCUCUACACUCUUAGCUCGACGCUGCUUCCCUGGGAGACAGAUGAGCAGUCUUGCCGUGCAGUACACAUGGGUCGCCCUGUUAACGGGUCAGACAUAUCAUACGGCUCAUUCUCGCUCCUCUGGCCGGCUUUUCUUCGGUUGUGCAUAAGUCACUUUGUGGAAACGCUUUGCUGCGCAUUGCAAGGCAGGUCAGUCGGAACAGAGGCAGGCAUGUCUCUCUUCGAGCACUCCCUUGCCUUCGCCGAGGCAGAAUCCGCGAUAAGCCAGUCGCUUGGCAUCGGCAUCUUCGGUCUCUCCAAACAUAGUGCUGGCAAAGAAGGCAAACUAGGAGGCGGUCAAUCGGUUCUACAGUCACUGAGCAAAGGGCAGGUCCUGGAGCGAAUGAACAUUUCCCCGGAAUUGCUGCUCAUCACUUUGAUUUCCUGCUGUAAUAGCUUAACCUCCAACAUUCUUGAUGUUUUCGGAAAACAAAGUCAGUAUCGCCUUGUGAACACGACGUUUUGGGGGCUUUGUUUCAUGUCGGCCAUAGCAUGGGUCACGUUCGGUGACGCCUCCAAUGGCACUGAAAGCCUACCCUUGAGGAUUCCAACCGUUUGCCUCGUGGGAUUUGUGCCCCAUUUGUUCAUACUGCUAGGAAUUUUCGUCUGUGUGUUCAUUUAUGCCCUGGCUCUCGUCAUCACAGCCUUCACGCUACCUCUUGACAGUUCUCAAGAUCUGUCCUUGAAAGAAAGGCUCUUGUUGGCGCACGAGAAUAUGCAAGGGGCCCAUCAGAUCCAGAGCAUUCGUUUCAAUCGACACGAUGACUUCUACACCACUUCGUUGAGGAUUGGCUAUGGCGCCUUAACUGCUGCCAGACAGGCAGUCUUCUUGAAUGAAGGGCGGGGGGUAGUUGCGCAGAGAAUGACGUGGCUGGAAAGGGACAGGCUGCGCGAAAUAGAGUCCCUUCAGCGCAAAGGCUCAAGGGGGCAAGGCCGUGACUCUGAAUACGGUGAUCUCCGGAAGAGUGAGGAGUUAUUGGAACUUGCGAUGGAAGCGACUGCUGAGUGGGAGUGGGAAUCCGGAUAUGCUCGGGAGAAGAAAAUUGAGACUAGCGUAUCGCAAUCCGCUAGGUCUCAGGACGAAUCUGAGGGCGUCGGCGCACUGCGGGGUGCUGUCCGGUGCUACCAGUCGAUCUCGUUCGUCCGUGCUAUUUUCUACUUCUUGCUUAAGUGGACCGCUUAUGGUCUCGACAAACUACUUAGCAAGGUCGGUAUUAAUAGGCGACCGCAGUGGCUAAAAACGCUGGUCAGGGCUCAGCAAAAGAAGAAAGACCGGGGAAGGAAGAACAACCUGGAGAAGCUAGACUUCUGGAUAAUGUCGGAGGAUGGUGUGCUGAAGGUACCUACCAAUUCCGACUUUGAUGUGGAGAAUGAGAUGCGCCGACGAGAGAGGAUCGACGCUGCCCGCUGGGGAGAGUCGGAUGAGCGGCGGCUCGACGAGAAACUCUAUGACUGGUGGAGAGCUGGCGGGGCCUGGGGCAAUCAAGACCAAAGUCCUGAUUACGCACCUUCUGUUGAAGAUUGGGAUGAUACGACGAGCGUUGUGUCAAUGGCCACGACCAGUGAUUCUGACUGGGAGGCCUACGAGUCUGACGGACGCCGUACCCCUACCCAAGAGGACCCGUUUCCAGGCCGUUGGUCUCGCGAAGACACUCCUGUGCAGGAGCCACUCGUUGAUAUUGGUGCUUUUGCCCGCCUACUGGAUCCACGCGAUCAAGAAAGCAGGCAAGAGGCUCGCAUACUUGCGGCACAUCUUGCUGCAGGCCGUGAAGGUCGUAUCAUGACUCGUCGCCGAUUCCAACAACAGGUUGAGCGCGACAGGGCUCGGGUUUUGCUUACCUCGCGAUUCUCACAACUUGGCCAACAGAAUUCCGGUGACGACAAGCGCAAACCCACGCCAGAGGAGGAGUCCGAAAUUUUGGAGAGGCUGAUUCUUCUUCAGAGGUCCGAGUCAUUUAACAAACCCUCAGAUGAGCAGACAUGGGAGUCAGGGGCAUCAGGCCUUGGUCCCAGUGGACCGCCCUGUGUUAUCUGUCAAACCAGCCCGCGGUCUAUCAUAACAUGGCCCUGUCGGUGUUUGUGCAUCUGCGAGGAUUGCCGCGUGAGCCUGGCGAUGAACAACUUCGGUAGUUGUGUUACUUGCCGUCGGGACGUUGGAGGAUUUGUUCGAUUAUGGGUUCCAUAG